GCCAACUACAGCUCGAGAUCGUGAUCGUGGUGAAAUUGAACCCUUUUUCUUGGGAACAAGUCGUGAUCUGAAAGCUUCUUUUUACACGCAAACAAGACUACUCCAGAAAGAGAGUAAAAACAUUAAUUCCUUCUCUCGAAAGUCAAAGCCAUUCAUUUGAUGUCAGCAGACAUUUCUGCGUUGGAUCAACAAACUUGUUGAGUUGGAAGGAGAGGAGAUUAUGAUGAUGAUGAAGUGUUUAGAUGCAUUAAAGAACUUCUCCAUUUUUCUCUUGACUUGUUGUGAUUCUGAUCAUCUUCAUCACCAUUCCAGAGGUCUUCUCAACCCUAAGGAUCUCGCUAAAGGCACUGUCUUUACUGUGAAUGAGAUUGAAGCUCUUUACGAAAUGUUCAAGAGCAUCAGCAAAGCCGGCCUUAUCGACAAGGAACAGUUUCAGUUAGUACUGUUUAAGACAAACAGAAAGAAGAGUCUUUUUGCUGAUAGGGUGUUUGACUUGUUUGAUACCAAACAUACUGGAAUCCUGGAUUUUGAAGCCUUUGCACGUGCUAUCUCGGUUUUUCACCCCAAGGCUCAAAUGGAGGAUAAGCUUGAGUUUUCUUUCAAGCUGUAUGAUCUGAAGCACCAAGGGUUUAUAGAGAGACAAGAGUUGAGGCAAAUGAUGGUGGCGACUCUAGCUGAAUCUGGCAUGAACCUUUCUGAUGGCGUGAUAGAGACUAUCAUAGACAAGACAUUUGAAGAAGCUGAUAGUAAAAUGGACGGGAAGAUUGAUAAGGAAGAGUGGCAGAGUCUUGUUUUUCGUCAUCCUUCUCUGUUACAAAACAUGACCCUUCAACAUCUCAAAGACAUAACAAAGACGUUUCCAAACUUUGUGUUUUACACUAUAGUGACUGACAACCCAACAUCUGGAUGAUCAAUCAGAGGAGGGAUGUGAUUUUGGAUUUUGUUUGGUGCAAGUUGAGAUUCUUUGUUUUAUUUUAUUUUUUAUACUUGGCAAAAGAGAUUUCAUAUGGUAUAUUGUAUGUUUUAAACUUGUUUCUUACUUAACUUUCAC